AGAGGAAACAGUUUUGAAUGUGUGCAUACAGUAUGCAGGAAUUUUAACAUUGCUGCGUUCUGCUCUCAGAGUCAAUACUGUAACAACACGUCAAGAAAACCUGUCAGCAGAUCUUUCUAAUUUAGGAUUACCUGAGGAUUUUGCAAGUGAUAUCUGCAAAGUUGUGUUUGGACCAGCAAGACCUGACAUCGACAGACAGCUACGCAGCACAGCACCUUCAUUGCCAGUUCUGACAAAUAUGAAUUGGCGAGUAGAAGUAACUAUCUCAACCAGCUGGUUGUCACGUGUCUUGGAGCCAGUUGUGAUGUUGCGACUGGAGCUGAACAAUGGGUCAUCUUAUACAUUUCAAGUUCCAGUAGCAAAAUUUCAUCACCUUCGAUAUGCUGUUGCUAACCUAUUACACCAAAUGGAAGAUCUUCGGACAUCUUCUAUAUGUAAGAAAUAAUCAUAUGAUUUGUAAUGAACUAAGAAAUUAGUUCCAAUGUAAAAUGUACAAUUCAUGAUGCUGUCACUUUGAUUCUGUGACUUUACAUUCCAACCUUGAAACACUUAAUAGCUAUGUUUUUAUUAUCAUAUAAGUCUUGUUAAUAAUUCUAAGUAUAUUGUCAUUGAUUUUGACUUUUUUAAUAAAAUACAUUAAAAUCA